ACGCGAUACACAGCUAUAUACUAAGAGAGAUUGAGCUAUACUAACAAAAAUUAUUCAGGUUUCAUGAUAUGUAUAGUCUCUGUCUAUUUGAUGUACGAUUCACUAGAGAUCGGACAAGCUAUGAGUGCCUGGCAUGCGAAUCCACGAGACAUCAGGCCCCUUUGAUACCAUAACAAAUGAUUUUCAGUACCGCGCCUAUUAAUUUUCCAUUAAACAGAGUAUAUAAUUGUAAGUUGGGUAAAUUUUCAAUUUCGCGCCCCGAGUUGAAACUAAGAAACUGCGAGCCGGGUUCAAUUCUUUAAGGGUAAUCGCUUGGUAUUAUAGAUAAAUACACUCACCCACAAAAUCUGCGCCUCAAUCAACUCAAAAAGUUUUGCCCACUGUCCCUUGACCAACGUGGGUGUCCAAAGAAGGUAAGACAAUACCUCAGCCAGGAAUUGGUAACAGAAAUAACAGACGAGGCUCCAAAACUAGAGGUGGCAAAAGACAAGGGUUGGAGAGAGAGGGAGAGGGAGAGCGAGAGAGAGGCCCUCCUUUGUAGGAAGGAAGAGGAGAUGAUGGUGAUGGGGGUUUCUCUAUCUAAGAUGCAACCAUCACUAUGCUUCACCCUUUUUUCCUGGUUCCUCUGAGUGACAACUCUCCUAUUUCGUUCUGUCCAGGGGUCGUCGAUCACAGAGGCGAGCAGUUGCGGGAGUAGUGGAGGUUUUCGCUUAGAAAGCCUAGCGGGAAGUUGAUGAUCUGCCAUUGACAAUACAAAAUGUCUUCAUCAAACGAGACUGCUCCGUCACCGGAUUCCCCAUCAUCUCCCAUUGCUCCACCACCUCCCAAAUCCUCGGACGGCAACAAUACUGGCUCGUCCUCCCCCCCGGCCCCGGCAGCAUCCUCACCCCCGGAAUCAUCACCCUCCCCUCCACCGCCCUCCGAUUCAUCCUCGCCGCCCCCUGCCUCUUCCCCACCACCAGCUCCCUCUAAUGAAUCAUCUUCAUCCCCGCCACCACCUCCCUCGGAUGAUUCUUCUCCGCCUCCGAACUAUGUUCCACCCCCUCCCCCACCGCAUUCUUCAUCCUUAGCCCCCCCACCACCACCAGGUACAAAGGCAUUGUCGCCUCCACCUCCACCUGCACACCGGACACCUCCGUCAUCGAGUACAUCUUCUUCUUCUUCAUCAUCUUCGUCGUCGAGCAACUUGCCAAUAGUAGUUGGAGUCUCGGUUGGAUUAGGGUUGGUUCUCAUUAUUUUUAUUGCUAGCUGUAUCGCGUGUGCCGUGAGGAAGAAGAAGAAGAAGCGUGACGAGAUGCAUUAUUACAUGGAUCAUUCUCAUGGUCACAAAGUUGGUCAUGAUUACUACCACAGCUCACAACACCCGAACUGGCACAACAGGAACCCCGCAUCCGACCACGUCGUCAAGCUCAACCCGCAGUCUGGCAUCAUGGGGUCCCCUGGCGGAGGUGGCUGGCUGCCGCCGCCGCCCCCUCCGCCGAUGAUGAGCAGCGGUGACAUGAGCUCAAGCUACUCAGGCCCGCGCCACCAUCCGCCACUUCCCCCUCCUUCGCCGAGCCUCACCCUCGGCUUCAACAGCAGCACCUUCACGUAUGAUGAACUGGCCGUUGCGACCGGCGGGUUCGCACAGGCCAACAUGUUGGGUCAGGGCGGGUUUGGCUACGUGCACAAGGGGGUGUUGCCAAACGGGAAGGAGGUCGCUGUGAAGAGCCUCAAAUCGGGGAGCGGUCAAGGAGAGAGAGAGUUUCAAGCUGAAGUGGAGAUCAUUAGUAGGGUUCAUCAUCGCCAUCUUGUGUCGCUUGUUGGGUAUUGCAUUGCUGGUGGACAGAGAAUGCUGGUCUACGAGUUUGUUCCAAACAAGACCUUGGAGUACCAUCUUUAUCGUGAUGAUCCGGUGAUGGACUGGGCAACUAGGCUUCGAAUUGCAAUAGGAUCUGCUAAAGGACUUGCUUACCUUCAUGAAGACUGCCAUCCUCGCAUUAUUCACCGUGACAUUAAAGCCGCUAAUAUCCUCUUGGACAACAACUUUGAAGCUAUGGUGGCUGAUUUCGGAUUAGCAAAAUUGUCUUCCGACAAUUACACACACGUAUCUACGCGUGUUAUGGGAACAUUUGGGUAUCUGGCGCCAGAAUACGCGUCGAGUGGCAAGUUGACAGAGAAGUCCGAUGUUUUCUCUUUCGGGGUUAUGCUCUUGGAAAUAAUUACAGGACGAAGACCCGUGGAUAUUCAUAAUGUUAUGGAGGAUAGCUUAGUGGACUGGGCUCGACCACUUCUAACGCAAGCAUCGGAUGAUGGGAACUACAAUGAACUGGUGGACCCAAGGCUGGAGAACAAUUUCAACCCCCAUGAGAUGGCUCGCAUGGUCGCUUGCGCUAGUGCUAGCAUUCGUCAUUCUGCAAAAAAGCGCCCGAAAAUGAGUCAGAUCGUGAGAGCGCUCGACGGAGAUGUGUCCUUGGACGACCUGAAUGAGGGAGUGAGGCCCGGCCAAAGCUCGGUGUUCGGCACAAAUAGCAGCUCUGACUACGACGCGAGCUCGUACAAUGCCGACAUGAGGAGGUUCAGGAAGGUCGCUUUGUCUAGCCAAGACUUCGGAAGCAGCGACUUCGGGGCUUCAAGUGGCGACUCUAGGGAGAUGGGCCGCUCUCCAAACAAAGCCUAAAACAUCGAAAAUUUCGAAAAAAACUUAAUGCCAAAGAAUAAGAAAAGAAAAUGCCGCGAAAACGGCAGGAAAAAAAAAAGCAUUUUUAAUAUCGAUUUCGAUCUGUUAUCGCGUACUAAUUGUGAUGUUAAGUUAAACAUUCCCAUGAUCUUCCCCGUGUCAGAAUUUCUCUUAUUCUUUAUGGGUGUAAUACUCGUUUUAUUACACAAAUUGAUGGGCAUGUGAGUGCUUAUAUACUUCAAGAAUUGAGCAAAAUUAGCUCAGUUGUUAACUUAUAUGAUGUAAUAAUAUGUGAUAAUAUAUGUCUUCUUACAAGACUGAAUUGGGUUUACCAGUA